AUCAAACUACCCUAAAAGCCCAAUUACCCAUUACAAUAGAAAUGAAUGUAAGACAAUUCGGGGAGUUAAUAAUCGGCAAGAUCGAAGAAAUCAUAGCUGAAUAUGAAAGCAGAGAAUAUUAUCGUAACACUAUACCAGUUCCAAGCACCCAGCAUAAUCGUAGGCCCGGAGAAUUAAAGAAAGCAUAUCGAUAUAAAACCAAUAGACCCCGACAUCAAACUCAUUCUAGUUUUAGCAACCGAAAGUAUCUAAAGCGAACCUACAAUAAUAGAAGAACUGAGUGCUAUUAUGCAGGUUGGGAAGCUAUAAAACAGAAAAGGAAGCCCAAGCCAAAUAAUCAAACCCAAGCAACCCAAGUAAACACUCUAAAUGUAAGAAAACGGCAAAGCAUCAAUCAUGGUACCCAAUCAAAUAAGGCCUCACAUAAUAGUCAAACAAAGCAAUGUCCUGGGCAAGCAAAAAGCUUAAGAAGUAGGAAACACUAUAAUAAGGAUAUGAAGAAUAACGAAGAGAUAGAAGAUAUCCGUCGUCCAAAAGGUAACCCUAGGAACACAAGCGACUAUGAAAGCCUAGAUAGUAAAGAGGAUGAAAACUAUUUAUUAAAAAUAGAAUGUGAAGAAUUAUAUAGCCAUCCAACUUACCAAGAAACGAAUAAAAUAAAUACUAUAAAAGUUGAACCCGCAAAUAGUCAAUUUAAUAAAUUGCAGAAGAAACCAAAUAAGGAGAUACUCGAGACCCAGUGUACAGUUUGGAUGGAAAAAGUCGAACAACACCGAAGUUUACCUAGCAUCACAAAAUUAAACUUCGCAGAUAAGCAAGAAGUGAACUCAAUCAAUGAUAAAAAUGUAAACUGCUUAUCCGGAAUUGAUAUCGAUCGUAUAGAUGUCAAGCUUAAUAAAGAAAUCUCAAAACCCGCCAGUAAUAAAGGAUCAGUUAAUAUUUUUGAUGAACGGAAACAAAAAAGAGAAAAAAAUGCCCAAGAAUGCUGUAAAUAA